CAGCCAUAAGCACGUGGAAACCAGAGGUGUGGGCAGGUAUUUCGCAGUGCUGCAGACCACCGUUAAAGGGAUAAACAGUCGCAAUAACCUGCACACGUUAUUGUUACAGGAACCGAACUUGAGGCAGGCGUUGAGCUCCUGCGUCAGAUUUAACUUACGCACCAUGCGCCCUGUGUGACUGGAAGCGGAUCUCGCAGAGAUGUUGUAUACAGAGACGGUGGCUGAAUGAAGAGACCGUCCACUCGCUUUGGAUCCAUACUGUCACGCGGACUCGGACGUUACAACCCGCUCUGCUCAUUGCAUACGAUAAAAAAGCACAACUUAAUUUCCUUGCUUCCUCCGGAUCUUCGUCAAGUCAGGCACCUCAGGCUCUCCUUGCCUCCUCCUGUACCUUCAACCUGAAGGUGCUCCGGCGUUGCAGCCAUGCCAAAGAACACCAAGGUGACCCAGCGGGAGCACAGCAAUGAGCCGGUCACUGAGUCGGUGGCUGACCUGCUGUCCCUGGAGCACCCCAUGGACUAUAAGAGCAGUCAGAUGAGUAUGGGUCUGAGUCCCGGCUCUACUGCUCCAGUAAAGGCCCUGAUACCCUCUCCUGACCCAGACCUGGAGGACGGCCGACCGGCCUGGAACAACAAGCUGGAGUACAUCCUGGCCCAGGUGGGCUUCUCUGUGGGCCUGGGUAAUGUCUGGAGGUUUCCCUACCUGUGCCAGAAGAACGGAGGAGGUGCAUACCUGGUGCCCUACUUUAUUCUCCUCCUCCUCAUUGGCAUCCCCCUGUUCUUCCUGGAGCUGGCAGUGGGUCAGAGGAUCAGGCGUGGCAGCAUCGGGGUGUGGAACUACGUCUACCCACAGCUGGGAGGCAUCGGGGUUUCCAGUCUGAUGGUUUGCGGUUUUGUGGGCCUCUACUAUAAUGUGAUUAUCGGCUGGAGCAUCUUCUAUUUCUUCCAGUCUUUCCAGUUUCCACUGCCUUGGGCUGAAUGCCCCAUCCAAAUAAAUGGAACCCAAGCCAUCGUGGUGCCGGAGUGUGAGAAGAGCUCGGCCACAACUUACUUCUGGUACCGCCAGACUCUCAACAUCACCAGCAGCAUCGACGACACGGGUGGCCUGAACUGGAAGAUGGUCCUCUCCCUGCUGGUGGCUUGGAUCUUGGUCUGCCUGGCUGUCAUCAAGGGCAUCCAGUCCUCUGGGAAGGUGAUGUACUUCAGCUCUCUCUUCCCGUAUGUGGUGCUUUUCUGUUUCCUGGUGCGAGGUUUGAUGCUGAAGGGAGCGGUGGACGGCAUCGCUCACAUGUUCACCCCUAAGUUGGAAAAGAUGUUGGAGCCGCAGGUGUGGAGAGAAGCAGCCACGCAGGUCUUCUUUGCUCUCGGUCUGGGCUUCGGAGGCGUCAUUGCUUUCUCCAGCUACAACAAGCGAGACAACAACUGCCACUUUGACGCAUUACUGGUCUCCACGAUCAACUUUGUUACCUCCAUCUUGGCCACUUUAGUCGUGUUUGCUGUCCUGGGGUUCAAGGCGAAUGUCAUGAACGAGAAGUGUGUCGUUGAUAAUGCAGAGACGAUUCUGGGCUUCCUAAACACAGGUGUGUUGAGCAAAGAGCUCAUCCCUCCUCACAUCAACUUCUCCCACCUGUCCGCCCAGGACUACACCGAGAUGUACAGCGUCAUUAAGACGGUGAAGGAGGACAGUUUCGGAGAGCUGGGGCUGGACGCCUGUUUACUGGAGGACGAACUAAACAAGUCGGUUCAGGGCACUGGUCUGGCAUUCAUCGCCUUCACAGAGGCCAUGACACAUUUCCCUGCCAGUCCCUUCUGGUCUGUCAUGUUCUUCUUCAUGCUGAUCAACUUGGGUCUGGGAAGCAUGAUCGGCACAAUGACCGGCAUCACCACGCCCAUUCUGGAUGCUUUCAAGAUCCGCAAAGAGAUCCUCUGUGUGGCUUGCUGCAUCGUGGCCUUCCUGCUCGGCCUGCUGUUUGUGCAGCGUUCAGGGAACUACUUUGUCACCAUGUUUGACGACUACUCAGCUGGUUUGCCUCUCACUGUGGUCGUGAUCCUGGAGAACAUCUCUGUGGCCUGGAUCUACGGCACUAAGAGGUUCAUGCAGGACCUGGAGGACAUGCUUGGUUUCAAGCCGUACUCAUUCUAUUACUACAUGUGGAGGUAUGUGUCGCCAGCUGUCCUGGUGGUUCUCAUUAUCGCCACUGUCAUCGAGAUGGUCGUCAGUCCUGCAGGAUACAACGCCUGGGUUGAGGCUGAGGGCGCAGAGCGUUUCCACAACUACCCUCCCUGGGCUUCAGCCAUGGCCUACUCCCUCAUUGUGCUGGCUAUGCUGCCUUUACCCAUUGUCUUCAUCGUCCGCCACUUCAACCUUAUCUCGGAUGGCUCCAACAAGCUGUCCGUCUCCUACCGUAAAGGCAUGAUGAAGGACAUCUCCAACCUGGAAGAGCAGGACGAGCAGCGCUUCAUCCUCAACAAGAACCCCAGCGAGGCUCCUUCCCCGAUGCCCGCCCACCGCGCCUACCUGGGCCCCGGCGGCACCCAGGAGAUGACCAACACCAACUACGGCACCAGCACCAAGACGGGCUACCAGAACAUCGGCUCGCCCGAGUCUGAGCUAUGAUCCACUGAGAUCAUAGAUCCUCCCGUCUGUUAAACCCCAACCCUGCUUUGAGAGAGGGAGACAGAGGAUGUAAGGAAGGAACAGAGGAAGUCAAUAGGGAGAGAAAAUCUACUGCCAUUUGUUGCCGCGUUCUUCACACCUUAACCCCCAGAGCUGAGUCCCUCUAGCCCCCCUUUUUCUGCCCCUAUGCUCCUUGCCUAUCCUUCUUACCCGCCAUAGGAUCUGCGCUGCCAAAUCUGUGCUGCCAAAUCCCGGUUGAAAUGAAGGGAUCGUGGGAAUGUGAGUACCAGUGGGAGCAAUGAAAGGUCCACUGAGGGCUUCAAUAGAGGCUGUUUUGUAAUAAGCUACGGCCGAGGUUAAGGUGUGUGCAGCGCUAAAUGCUUUACGUUGUACUCAACCGUGUGUUCACCAGUGUGAAAAGGUUAUUUUUGAGACAGUUGGAUGUUCCUAGAGCUAGGAGAUCUUCAUUUCUUUCUGGUUCAGUUGGAGAAGAUUGUUCCUUGUGGGGUUAGGAUGGAAGGAGACUCAGACAAGAAAAAUAUGUUCAUGAUCUGUAUCACCGUGUGAGAAAAUGUCACAUCUAGAAAACAAAAUGAUUACAAAUGCAUCCAUAACAGUAUGUAAUAAGUGAUUCUGAUAGUGUAAACAGUGUUUCAAGCACAUUACAUCUUUAUUGUGCCUCUCAUGCAUCAGCAAUAAUCAGCAGUCAAAGUGAAACUGUGGAUCUCCUUCUAUCCCUUCUGUUCCCACUGAUGUAGAAUACUGUACAUAUGUGUUGUGCAAUAGUCUGAGAUGUCACCGUAAAUCGUGUAUAUACACCACAGUAGUGCAAAAUGAGGGGAAACCUUUCACCUCUUCAUUUCUUCUCGGUGGACACCGGGAGCACAGUCUCCUGUUAUUGUUUUAGAGCAUCUCUGAGCCUUAACACAGAGCAGCACUUUUCUUUUAAACAACCUUUCUCCUCGACAUAACGAGAUUCUGGAGCUGUUGCCAACACCGCUGCACAUGUAGUCUCUGUGCUGUUCCAGUUGUAGCUGGUUAGGGUGGUCUAGACCAAGCUUUUCCAUUUUGAAUCAAUCAUUUGACUCAAGCGAUUCCAUUUGAAUCAAUGCCUUAGAUGGGCAGAGGUGGUAGUGCACGGGCAGAGACACGCAGAGAGGCUUACGCUUGUCUGUCUGUGUGUGAGAGAGGCAGAGCCAGAAGGGAUAGUCUGUCUUUGUAUACGUACAGAUGUGCAUGUGCAAGUGUGUGUGCGUCAGUGUGUCUGUCGUCUGCCGCUGAAUGAGAGCUCCUGGUGACCCUGCCGCUUUAAAAAUAGAGCUGCGUUACCCAGGGGAAGCCGUGGCAACGCACCAUAGAUACAGAUCCUCUUCUGAUGUGGAGGCGGAGGAAGAGAGCAGACAGUGCUUUGUCUGCUCCACCUGCACAGCUGUUUGUUCAGCAAUACACAGAUGAGACAUUUUACUGUUGAGCUAACACAACAAUAAAGCUAUAAUGUUGUUACAGUGCAUUGAAUAAGAGGUUCAGUUCCGUGCCGCGCUUUAAAUUUGUCACCCGUACAAUACAAUGUUCGGGUUUAAUUGUUAUACAUUCCUUAAAUUAUGACCACUACGGACAUCAUUUAAGAAGCACUACAAUUUCCACUUUGAUGUAUUUUUGUGAACUGAGGUGUGAAAUUUUUUUUUAAUGUAGAAUCUUGGAUGACGAUGUUUAGGGGUAGAAUGUGGAAAAUGUGCAGGGUAAAGGAUAAAGGUUUGGACUAAGUGGUAGUACACAGACUUCACCACUGGGUGUCUCUGCUGGCCAGCGGAGGAGCCAAUGACUCUGACUCGUGGCCCCUCCCUGAGACAACACCAAUACUUGAGACUGAACAGAUGUAGUGUGAAGCAUAGUCAGUCACAUUGUUUGGUGCCUCAACAGCGUCCCUGUUGUCUGGUUGCCUUGUGCUUUUGUCAAUUUGUUUUCUCAAUGAUGUAGUGAGUUUGGACCAAUGUCUCGUCUCAUUCACUUGAGCACUUUAAUUAGGUAGAGACCCUGGAGUCGUUUGUUAAGUUCUGUUUUAACAAAAGCGUUGUCGUCACUCUCACAGCAUAUGUAUUGGUUAGCAAUAUUCAUAUCAAGAGAGAUAGAUGGCUGAAUAUCCAUACAAGGCACACAUACACAAAUGUAUCACAAGCCUCUUUGCAAAAACAUCUUACAUUGUUUCUUGCGUGUUAGUACGGCAUACCUUUAUGCCUUUAAAAUGUGAGCAUUCAUCAAGUUGUAAUGUUUCAACUUAUGGCAUUAAAAGCGGGUUGAUGCGUUGAGUUUUGCCUUGUUAUCACACCCGUGUUGAUCGAUGCUUCUAUGCCACUGGCUGGCACCGCGGUUGUUCCUUCCUGUCAUACCUAAUGUUAGACCAACACCUAUGUUAUUCUCCUAUGUGGUCAUGUGACCUCUUUCAUGGCUCUAACAUCAGCUCAGGUUUCAGCCUACAGUAGCUGUGAUAUAUUGCGUGGUAUACUGAAGUAAUUAAUAGUAUAACUCCCUAACACUUCUAUAUUAGUUAUUUCCCCUCCUUUCUGUCAUAUCCUGGUAUGUUCCUCAAAGUUCUGUUAUGACAAAUGUUGUAAGAAUAAGUAAAGGAGAGAAAGUCUGCAUUGCAGAGUGAAGAGCAGCAAUACAUCACUAUGGGGAUAUUUCUAGACUUGUCUAAAUAAAGGUAAAGAGGUUGUACUCCAUCCUGAAUGUGUCACGAUAAAUGAACACGUAAACAUGCCACGCAGUAGUUUUUUCCACACUCGCUUAUAGCUACUGGACAGGUUAUUACCUGUCCAGUAGCUAUAAGCGAGUGUGGAAAAAACUACUGCGUUAACAUGUACAAGAAACCAGAUACUUUUGGUCAAUUGGCUUGGGACAUAAACAACACUUGACCUCAGGUGAGUACAGGUGAGGGCACUCAUCCGUAUUCACCUGCAGCUUUGGCUUAGAGUUAAAGCACAUUUAUAGAAGCACAGGAAAGUGAGCACAAAGGAGUUGCAUUCCUCGGUGAGCAAGCACCAGUCAAUGAGUUAAAAUAGAGCCGGUGUGGAUGAACUUGAUGAUAUAACUUUUAGAUCAUGUUAGUUUUGGUCUGAUUCCUGCAUCCUCACGGGGUCACUGGAGGAUCUGCACACUUAAAUGCACUUCAAUCUUCACAAUAAACUAAACUGCACCAUUGAUUUGCUCUGUAGCUGAUCCGCACAAUGAUUAAAUGAGAGGGUUAGGAGAGAGCACAAUCACCAGAGAUUAUAUAGUCUCUAGGAAACCGCAUCCUCAUGUUUAAACCCCUGGCUUAUUUCAAUAUAUGAUGCACAGUUUGCCACAUUUCACCAAGGAGUUCCCACCUCAGCACGUCUUUGCCUCUUACGUAUAAAAUCACUGUUGAAAUACUCUGCACAGUGUCAAAAAUUCUUCUCAUGAUAGUUCAAAUUUCCUCAGUAAUGAAAUAUUGGCAUUUAUUGGUGUAUAUUGAUAUUUUAUAUUUAUUAUUGAAAACAAAGACUGCAGGGUCUCGUUGUCUUGUCCAUGUGUCAGCGGUGUUGCAUUGUGUACUAUAAAGCCACUUCUAGAGGUUAACUCAGUUGAAUUACUGUGAUUAAAACAAUAAAAACAGAUUAAUAGUGUAUUUAUUUAUCUGUGCAAACAGUCUUUAUGUGACCAAACCCAUAGUUAUAUUUAUAGUAUUUAAGACAAUGUAUUUAAUCUGUACAUAUUGAUGUACAUUCUGAUGAAUUCACACAGAGUAUCUACAGUACGAGUGAGCUGUAAAUAAUAAUUGUACAUUUUGAAAUAUUUUUUGAUUUUUGUAAUGUUACUUUGGUGUCAUUUGUUAGUUAGUGUGUGGUUGUAAAUGGUUGUGAUUGUGCUUGUGUGUGUGAAAAUGUGUAUGUAUGUAUGUAUAUGUGUGUGUGUGUGUGUGUGUGUGUGUGUGUGUGUGUGUGUGUGUGUGUGUGAGUAUAUGUAGGUUUUUGGUGUUUAAAUGUGUUCUUUUUUCUCCUCUCAGUGUUGUGUGCUGCUGAUCUAAUUCAGUAAAUAAAAUCAUGUUGUGUCAGUGAACUGGGACCACUAAUGUAAGCGAUCUCUCCUCUGUGUUUCUCAUUGGAACGGCAGCAGCUUCCAGCACUAAACUGACUACACAAUCAGAAGGAAAUGUCUAACGAGAAAGACACCGGAGUUUAAGAGUGUGGGACAUGAUGGAGCGAACAGGAAAUUAAAAUAAACAGUUUUAUCAA